GUGGGAUGGAGUUUGAAGCCGUAGAUAAUAAUAAUGGUUGUAUAGUAGUAUUGGAUUCUACAAUGGAAGGUAGUAGUAUUGAUAUGAAAAGAUCUGACAGUGAAUUAGAGUUGAAGUUGAGUUUAGGUAAUUGGUUAGUUGACAAGUCACAGGAAGUGGAUGAUAUUGGUAGUGACUUGUUGGGAUUGUCUUUUACAAGGUCGCUCACCGAAUUCAGUCUGAAAGUUGAAAGUGAAGUGCAACAAAAUUAUCCAUCUUAUUGUAAGCCACAGCCAGCAAUUUGCAAGUAUAAUAGAGAUCUAUUGUCCUAA